AUGUCUCGGAGUUUGUAUACAUUCUUCAUUCUACUGCUUAUUCAAAAUGUUGUCAAUUCUUUAAAACUCUUAGUCAGUAAUAAUGGUCCAGUUGUUCGUGGAUCCAACAUAACAUUUACUGCAACAGUGCUUGGUUAUACGGAUGAGGAACUCAAGUUCUCUUAUUGGGACGAUGUUCAACCACAACAUCGUGAAGAUAUUACAAAAAACACUAAUGUAUCGACAUGGACAGUAGAAUACCCGCGUAAUUUGUAUGAAGCAGGAGAAUACACGGUGACUGUGGAGCUUUUGAAAAACUUUUUUGGUCUCUGGAUAAAGCAAACGUCAGGAAGCACUACAUUUCAACUGACAGACUCACUGCAUGGGAAUCUGAUACUUACACAGAACAAUACAGUGAGAUCAAAUAGAUAUGUAGCUGUUAACAACACAGUACAACACAAAGUUCAGCUUCCCGACAAUGAGAUGCAGUUUCUGAAACAAAACGCAUCAUCAAUUGUAACAUACUGGUUUAUUGAUUGUAUGUUUAUAGACCAAACUACUGACUUUGCUCUUAACUAUACAUAUACAGAUCUUAUGACAGACCAUUAUAUAGAUGCAUUGGUUGUUGCUAACAAUGAACCAUUGCCACCAAUUACGACAACAACUACUACUACUUCUACUACAACCACAACAACCACUACCACUUCUACAACUACUACAACAUCAACAACAACAACUCCUAAACCAACUAUGGAUAUUAAUACCACAGUACCUACAACACAUAAGGUAGCGAAAAGGGAGGUAACAAAAAGAAAACAUGCAAUCAAGGAUUUCAUUUGUAACAAUUCCAGUAUUGUGCCCAUUGGGGAGACAUACACAUAUGGGCAUUAUCAGGAGACUAUUAGUAUUAGAGAACCAAUUAGUACAAUGAAUAUAACUGGAUUAAAUUGGUUGCAACAUGGUGAUUUACUGAACCUACGUGUGAAGUACACAGGGUCACCACCAUUUGACUUCUGUGCUAUAUACAAAUAUGGGCAGUACAAUGUGACAGGGAAUGAGACAUGCAAAGUCAAGUCAAGGACAGAAUCAAAUGUCUUCCCUCUAGUGCAUUAUUUCUCAGACAGCGAUCAACACACUGUUGUAGUUGUUGUUGAGAAUGUACUUGGAAAAAGUGUGUCAAGGGCAACAAUUAAUAUUUAUAAAGCGUCAGUCCACGCGCAGUUGUCUGUGAUAGUGGUACCGGUGGCAUUUUCCUUUGUCGCUGUUAUCCUUGUCGUGUUUGGUGUUGCCUACUAUCAGCAUAGAUCUAGUCACACAAUAGAAGUGGCAGACUUCGACUUCGGUCAGCAAGUGAACUUUGAUUACAAAACUUUCGCUGAACGACUUCGGGACAGCUUUCGAAGCGCUUUUAAUUUCCAUAGAGACGACACAGAUCCAUUAACGGAUACGAUGUACCACUCUAUGUGA